CCCUUCAUUAGUUCCUCAUGUUUUCUUUCUCCCGUCUCUUCUCUCUAUCUGUGUUUUUCUUGCUCUACAGUCACUGAUGCUUCCUCAAAUCACGUCCGGGCUCCGAUUUCUAACUUUAAACGAGACACAGAUUUAAAUCCAGGCUUGUCAAAUACAAAAAAAAUCAAUUAAACUUCACUUAAGGCAACUUCUUCUUCCGUUUCUCCACGUCUCCAUCUCCACUUUAAGCCCUCCCUCCUUCUCUCUUUUCCUGUCCUUAAUUACGGUGCCUGCCAUUGGUCCAGAAUCACAGAAAGUUGCAGCCAAUCAGGCACCUUGUUGAGGUGGCCUUUGACCCCCUCAGGUGGUCCCUGUGUGCGUUUUCCUGCGCGAGUGUUAAUGAAGGCACGUGUUUGUGUACGUCAGGGGAUGACGGGCUCGGUUUAAAACCAUCCGGGAUCUGUUUGUCGGGGCAGUCUGUCAGAAGGGCCACAGGGACAGGGUGCACCGGGAACAUCUACAACACACACACUUAGUGUUUGAGCCCAGGUCGACCUGUUGGCUUCUUUGGAGUCCACAUCUGGAUCUGCAGACAACCACGCUGAGAAGAUAACCACAGGAGAGGAGGAGGAGUCAUGGCUGGACAGAGGAGAACCAGUUUCUCUGGUGUGUUCAUCACCGCUGCGCUGGCUGUGAUGCUGCUGCCCGCGUUCCUGUCUGCCGGACCAAUCGGGCAAAAGGCCAAAGGAGAUGCGGGGGACAGUGUCCAGGAGAAAGCGAACGCUGCAGCCUCACAGAGGAGGCUGAGCCGCAACCGCAGGAACAUCAGCUGGUACAAACAGCACUCGGACUUCUGGAACUGGUACAAGUUCUUCACAGACAACGGCAACCAGGAGGCAGUUCACGAGAUGGACCGCAUCUACCUGGCCUACCUCCAGAACAAGAACCGCGCAGAGGGCCGUCGCUCCUACAAGGCCUACCUGCGCCACCUGGGGGAUAUCUACAAGUCCUGCGCAGAUUCCGACGACCCCAACUGCGUGUCCGCCUACACCAGCAGGCCCCAACCAAAACCCGAGCCCCCCAAGCCUGCACCGGUAAAAACCUGUGACCCCACCAAGGACACUUACUGCCUGUAUGCUGCUCUGAUGCAGGGCAAGAGUCCCUACCAGCCCCUGGUGCUCCCAGCGGCCACCCCUGCCGCAGCACCUGCCAAGGCCCCAGCGCCUCUGUACGUUCGCUCUGCUCCAGCAAAGGACCCACAGUCUGGGUAUCACUACUACGCUCCAUCCACAACACCUUUCCUCUCCAAGGAGCAGAAGGCUGAGCUGCUGCGGAUCUGCACCGCUGAUGACGUGGAGUGUCUCCAGUAUCACCUGAGAGCAGCCUAUGGGCACACACCCUCCGCCGGGCCCCUGCCCUCUUACGCUCACCUCGGCUGUGAUCCCAAGAAAGACCCCUCCUGCAAACCCAAACUGGUGCAGAAAGCCCCCUCUGGUCUCUACCUGCAGUACCCCAACUGUGACCCUGUCAGGGAUCCUGCCUGUGCCUACGCAGCCUCCCUCGUGGUCUGUUUAUUCAGAUCCCACAGAUUCUCAUCUUUGCUGUGUUUCGAUAUUCAUCUACAUUGUGACUAUCGUGAUAUAACUGGGUUUCUCUCUCUCUCUGUCCUCCAGGCGCCCCGUGCUCCUAAACAACCUGCUUCUGCUGGUCCUGGAUCUUGCAACCCUCUUUACGAAGACGGCUGCAACCCCCUGAGCGCCACCAGAUUCGCCACUCCCCCAGAGUCGUACAAAAACGAUGAGGCAGAUGAGGCCGCCGCCAUCCGUGUCGCUCCUCCAGCUGCUGAGCAGAACAACGACCCCUAUGCCAUGUUCAGGGAUGCUUAUGCUCAUGCUAACAGAGGUUCUGAUCCUUAUGCUAUGUUCCAGCAGCGUCCAGCUUCUCCUCCAGCUUCACCUGCAGCUAAUGACCCAUAUGCUCUUCUGCGACGCUACAUGGCCCAAGCUCAACAAAGUGACCCAUACUCUCCACGCAUGGAGGCAGCUCCAGAGUCCAACCCCAACGAUCCUUUCUCUGCGAUCCGUGAGGCGGCAGGUGCCAUGCAUCGCCGCGGUCCGUCCAACCCCAGGCAGCAGUUCCCUUUCUCUAACCCCAGUUAUGAAGAGCCUGCCCAAGAGGAGCGCCACCCUCUGGGCCCCCCAGGUAAGACCAAGGAGGGAUAUGACUGCUUCAUCGGCUACGACCGUGAAUGCUACCCCGUGAAGCCCACUGAGCCUCGCUCUGGCGUCCACCGCCACAUGCCCUAUCCUGCCGAGCCCUACGAGCCUCACCUGAAUGCCGACGGCACACGAAGCGGCGUCAUGGAGCCGUCCAACCCUGAUUGUGACCCCGAGUACGACAGGGACUGCCGCCUGCGUCGCUACGAGCCCGAGCAGCCCCAUGUCGAAGCCCAGCCCGAGCAUCACGCCGGGGAGGACCACAGCCAGGGGGCAGCAGAGAGAGAGCAUCAGCCAGAGCAGCUGGAGCAGGAGCAGUACGAGGGGGAGCCCUACGAGAGUGGCCAGGAGGAGCCUCACAUGUCCUACCCUCACAUGUCCUACCCUCAGAUGUCAAAGGGGAUCCCGAGCCUGCAGGACAUCCUGAGGCUCUACGGAGGCCAGAACCCCGAGCAGGAUGAUCACAGAGCUUACGCAGGCGACUACCGCAAGAAAUAAACAUGCAAACACACCCAUGCAUGCAGAUGGACAUAAAUACACAGUCCCGUGCGUUCUUGUAGCUUAGCCCAUGACCGCCUCACGCAGUGCACAGCCAGUCCAGACUGGACCAGAUAUGGGACACAUGAGAAGUCUAUGGACCCAGUGAGCAAGCUCAUGCACGUGCAUCCACACAUAGCUUCGGAAAGCUGAGGGUGUUCCAGCAAAGUUUUCAUCUCUGUAGCUGCAUCUGUUGCUUCGCUUUUUCCAGCCUCCACCUCAAACCUCCUCAGUUCACUCGAAUGUGUGAUAACGCUCAGCUUCGCUUCUCUAUCUAUGCAUCUCACGUUUUUUCUAAUUUGUUUGUUGCUUUUUUUUUGUCAGUGACGGAUUAUGUAAAGUUUUUUUUUUUCCAUUUUGAAUGUUCUAAUAAAAAAAUAAAAAAGCUGUUUUUUGCAUUUGAUUUAUUGAAUCUUGGCAAUAGACUCAAUAACUGUGACACACUCGCACAUUUCAUCUCAUUUAUGGUGUUUGAUCACUUUCUUGAAUGAAAUGAAUGAAACGUCCAAAGUUCAUAUUUUUAUUAGAUCUCACUUUUCCAGACUCCUGACCCAGUUUGUAUUGAUGUUUCUCUGCUUUCAAUUUAAAUUCCCAAAGCUCAAAUCUAAUUUCAUUGGAGCUGAAAAUAUAUUUUUCUACUUGAGAAGAAUCAAUGCCUAUGUGCUCAUCAUUAACAUAUUAGUCAGGUUUAACGUCAUAGGGGCUAUUUGUACGUUUUCUCAACCGUUUAAUGUGGUUUCGUGUGUGGUGAUGGUUCUUCUGCAUCAAUUGUUGCACUAACAAGACUGGAAUGUCACCCAGUACAGAGAAAAGGUAAAAGUAACUGAAUGAUUGUUCAAACUUACAGAAAAGACAAACUGAUCAUUCAGUGAAUUGUGCAAUUUGAGAAAUAUUUCUUUAAAAAAAGCUCUUGUCAGUCAGGAUCACAGAGCUGCUCUUUCAUUAGAGAACUUUCUUUACUGUAAAUUCUAUAAAAAAAGGAUUUUCAGUUUGGUCAUGAAUCUAUUCCACAGAGUCUUUAAACUCUGAGGGAAGGAAGCAGAGAAACCAGCCGUCAGGAGCCGAGACUUCUGUCCCAUUAUCUGACGGAGGGAGAGCGUUUAGAGAAAUGUCAGCACAACCUUGACGACUGGCUGAGAUACAGACUUUCAAAAAAGUCAAAUCUGACAGCAAACGACCUUUUAAAUGAGCAAAGAUUAGAAAAAAGUUCUUCAAGACGACUUGUCCUUACGUGAGGAGACAUCGUGGUGCUUGAAGACAGCUGAUGACAAACCAGCUGGAGUGUUUAAAUAGUUAUAACUUAUUUAUUUCACAGCACCAUGAAUUAAAACAUUUAAAUCACAAACAUGAUCAAUGAAUACAAUCCAUUUAUUCCAUUUUAUUUUAAAAACACUUUAUUUAAACACUUUUCUAGUCUCAUCCACCACUAAAAGCACUUUACAACUGAAACGUCAAUUGGGCAUCAAACCACCAACUUCUGUCCAUGAACCAAGUUCAUGGACAAUCCUCUCUACCUCCUGGGCCACAGUUGAUCCGGUACUGGUAUAGAGGAGUUUGUCGUUACAGCAUCAAGAGACAGGAUAUCUCCGUGGACAUGAUUUACACUCCGUUACAUCCAGAUGUGCUGGAUGUUAAAAAAAUGUUCAAACUCAUUUCAGGAGACGUCUGAAGAAUAAUGACGGUGGAAGCUCCGGUAAUAACAGUGUUUAUGUCACUUUGGAGGAGCGAUGAUUUAUGGUGAUUGACUGAGCACAUGUCAGGAAAACUUCUGCCUUCUUACUGGAGGCAAAUGUGACGCCAUGAAAAAUAAACUGGGCAAUAAAUUCAAUCACAGUGAGAAGAGGAUAAACGAGCAAUGAGUAACUUCCUCCACCACCGAUUAUGAGAUAAUGAAAAAGCUUUUAAUUUCAACCUUCCAAAAACAAAAGAUAUUAGCUAAAGUGGUUUUUCUGCAAAACAGCAAAAACAGAUUCAAACCAAUUUUUAAUUACCAAUAAAAAAA